AUGCUCCGAGGCAUCCGUCGUACUGUGUCUAGCCGGUCCGGUGAUACCAUGUCCAGCCACGCCGCUGUCUGCGAGGACACGGUGGCCGGUAGCUGCUGUAGCCCACGCCUGGUGCGUUGGCUGCGGGGCUCUCUUCCCGUCCUCCUCUGGACUGGUUACCUCUUGGUGGGUGCGGCUAUCUUCCAGGCCGUGGAGUAUCCUGAAGCCGAGCGGCAACGGGAAAUACAGGCCAAUCUGACGAAGACCACCAACAGUACCAUCGUACGGCUCUUCACAGAACUACUGGACAACAUGAACGAAACUAUGAAUGAUACCAAACAGAACAAGAUACUGACGGAGUUGGCCAUCAAUCUAAAGACGAUGUCAGACGAGACAGUGAACAUUACCCGUUAUGGAUUCUUGGCCCCCAAUACCCAGCUUGGACGCGGACUGUGCAUCAUAUACGCGCUGAUAGGUAUUCCGCUCAAUAUCAUCGUAAUGGCGUCGGCUGGCAGGGCUCUAGCACGGUACACCAGGUCCGUCAAUCGCAGUCUGAGGCAAACCUGGACGAGGUGCGCAUUUUGGAAGAAGAGGGUGGGGCCCAAGAUGGAGAGCUCAGCCCCGCCCCGAACGAGGUCGAAAGGGGAGGGGACAAAUGACCAGAGAAGACGCACGCACUUGCGCACUCUGUCUCUUAACAGAGAAGAGUUCUCGGACUGGAGUAAUCGGACCAGUGGUGAACAGACGACGACGGAGCGGGACGGGGACGAUGAUGACCGGGGGCUCGGGGUCACUGGAUCCCCGGAGCCAUGGAACGGUGACGCCCCGAUGGAUGCCAUUAGUGACACGAGCUCCCCUGCCUGGCUGUUUCUUUUCCUGGUGCUGUUGUACACCUGUUUCUUCUCAGCGGUCAUGGUCAUCACUCAGCCUGGUUGGACCGUGCUGGAUGGGUUCUAUUACAUCAUCAUCACCAUCACCACAAUCGGGUUCGGUGACUUGCAAACCUCGAGCAACAGUGAUGAGAACACCAGCCUCGCUUACUACUUGUUUGGUUGCCUAGCCAUCGUCAUCCCUGUGCUAGGCAUGAUUCUCUUGUCUGCAGGCAUCUCCAUCGUUGUCAACCAGUUUGGUAAGAAGACAAAAGCCAUUGAGGAAGUCGUGUGCGGUAGCUCCAAAACACGUGGAUAAAUCACUCGAAAUUGCCAACCUGCCCUGACCGGACACUUAUCCACAACCGGGAGACAAAUCCAAUCUACGGCAUCAAGUAUUGCUUUCUCAAGCUUCACAGAACCCAUAAAUGAAGACCAAACUUUUACCCCCUUCUGUAAGUCAUAACAUCUCUUGGAAACAAAAUCUUCUACACUUAGAGAGAUUGUCACUACACCAAUAAGAACAAACUCUGGGCGGAAUAAUGGGUGUACAACCCAUCUGAACAAUAAUAUUCCGGUAUGUCAGACUUAGAGAAAGUCAGUCAUCAACGGAGUACAAAAUCUGUUUGGCGAUUUAUAACCGACAUCAAUCAUAUUCCCGCGCUCGCAGCCAGGAGAACGAGUAUGAUUUUGGCCGUUGCGGGCUACACUUACAAGAGUCGACAAGACUAUUAUCGUUCCCGACGUUAUAACUCACAUUGUUCGUGACUAAUGGCUGUUCCGGGAGGUUUUUUUUUUUU